AUGCCGGCCAUUGUCAUGAUUACAUAUGCCCGGUCUCCGGACCUACAAUUCAACCAUUCGCACUAUUAUUCGACUCACAUGCCGCUGUGCAAUCAGAAAUGGGCAAAGUACGGUUUCCAGUCGUGGGACGUGGUAGAAAUGACCGAAGAUUCACCAUACGCUUUGAUGUGCGUCAUGCGGUGGACCAGCAUGGAGGCGUACCAGAAGGCUAUGCAAGAAGAAGGAGCAGAGAUCAUGGCGGAUAUCAAGAACUUCACAAAUGUCCGUCCGGUGGCCUUGAAGGGAACCGUCAAGGAGCAGUGGUCAGCAGGAAAAUGA